GAGAGGAUCAGUCAGGUGCUGAAGGAUCUGGAGGAGGAGCGUGUGCCUGUUGUGAAGCUGGGUGAUGCCAGCAUCGCUGCCCCCUUCACCUCCAAGCUCUCCUCCAUCCAGUGCAUCUGCCACGUGAUCAAGCAGGGUCGCUGCACGCUGGUGACCACCCUGCAGAUGUUCAAGAUCCUGGCCCUCAACGCCCUCAUCCUCGCCUACACCCAGAGCGUCCUCUACCUGGAAGGGGUCAAGCUGAGUGAUUUUCAGGCCACCCUUCAGGGCCUGCUCCUGGCUGGCUGCUUCCUCUUCAUCUCCAGGUCCCAGCCUUUGAAGACCCUUUCCAAGGAGCGUCCUCUGCCCAACAUCUUCAACCUCUACACGGUGCUGACGGUUCUGCUGCAGUUCCUGGUGCAUUUCCUCAGCCUGGUCUUCCUGUACCGCGGGGCCCAGGCUCGCAGCGAGCCCAGGCAGGAGGAGUUUGUGGAUCUGUACAAGGAGUUUGAGCCCAACCUGGUGAACAGCACGGUCUACAUCAUGUCCAUGGCCAUGCAGAUGGCCACCUUCGCCAUCAACUACAAGGGCCAUCCCUUCAUGGAGAGCCUGCAGGAGAACAAACCUCUGCUCUGGAGCAUCGUCCUCUCAGCACUGGCCAUCGUGGGGCUGCUCACGGGCUCCUCCCCAGAGUUCAACGAGCAGUUUGGGCUGGUGGAGAUCCCCACGGAG